GUCUUCCGCACACGAUCCUACGCCAGACGCUCCUACACAGUAACCUGGAAAUUAUCACCGGCGGAGCAAAGUCACAGGGCGGGGAGGCCCUCCGCGUUGUCUGGCGGAGGAGGGGAGUAGCAGGUGAUCCUCACAGUCACUCUAGGAAAGCCAGCUGCCAUGACAUAAGGAUACUCAGGCCACCAAUGGGCAGCCCCGGCAGGAGGCAUGAAGGUGUGCCAGCCAUUGUGUCAGUCACCUUAUAAGCAGAUUUUCUGAGACCUGCUAACGGCCAUGUGAGUGACCUUGGAUGUGGGUUGUCACCAGUCAAGCCUUGAGAUGACUGCAGCCAUGACCCACAGCUUGACUACAACCCAUGAGAGACACUGAGCCAGGAACACCCAGCUGAAAUGCCUCCAGACCCCUGACCCACAGCCACUGUGAGAUAAUCAGUGUUUGUUGCCUUAAGCCACGAAGUUUGUGAUAAUCUGUUUCUUGACAACAGAUAACUAAUACAGACCCGGAAGCGGAUCACCUCAGUGAAGGUCACACUGCAGCGCUAUUGAUUUCUAAAGACUCAUGUUACGUGAGGAAGCAGCUCAGAAGAGGAAAGAAAAGGAGCCAGGCAUGGCUCUUCCUCAGGGACAUUUUAGGGAUGUGGCUAUAGAAUUCUCUUUGGAGGAGUGGAAAUGCCUGGACCCUGCGCAGAGGGCUUUAUACAGGGCCGUGAUGUUGGAGAACUACAGGAACCUGCAUUCUGUGGAUAUCUCUUCCAAAUCCAUGAUGAAGAAGUUCUCGUCAACAGGGCAAGGCAAUACAGAAGUGUUCCACACAGGGACAUUGGAAAGACAUGAAAGUCAUCACAUUGGAGAUUUUUGCUUCCAGGAAAUUGGGAAAGAUAUUCAUGACUUUGAGUUUCAGUGGCAAGAAGAUGAAAGAAAUAGCACAGACAGAUAUGAUCGAAGGCAUGCCGGAAACAAGCCUAUUAAAGAUCAGCUUGGAUUAAGCUUUCGUUCACAUCUUCCUGAACUCCACAUAUUUCAGACCAAAGGGAAAGUUGGUAAUCAAGUUGAGAAGUCUAUCAACGAUACUUCCUCGGUUCCAACGUCCCAAAGAAUUUCUUCUAGGCGCAAAAUCCAUAUUUCUAAUAACUAUGAAAAUAAUUUCCUCCAUUCGUCAUUACUCACACAAAAACAGGGAGUACACAUGAGAGAAAAAUGUUUCCAAUAUAAUGAGAGUGUUAGAGCCUUUAAUUGUAGCUCACUCGUAAGGAAACAUCAGAUAAUUCAUUUAGGAGGCAAACAAUAUAAAUGUGAUGUAUGUGGCAAGGUCUUUAAUCAGAAGCGAUACCUUGCAUGCCAUCAUAGAUGUCACACUGGCAAGAAACCUUACAAGUGUAAUGAAUGUGGCAAGGUUUUUAAUCAACAGUCAAACCUUGCAAGUCAUCAUAGACUUCAUACUGGAGAGAAACCUUACAAAUAUGAAGAAUAUGACAAAAUUUUUAGUCACAAAUCAAAUCUUAAAAGACAUAGGAGAAUUCAUACUGGAGAGAAACUAUACAAAUGGAGGAUUUGCGACAAGGCUUUCAGGUGUGAUUCACACCUGGUACAACAUACUAGAAUUCACACUUGAGAGAAACCUUACAAGUGUAAUGAAUGUGGCAAAGCCUUUAGUGGGCAGUCAACACUUAUUCACCAUCAAGCAAUCCAUGGUGUAGGGAAACUUUAUAAAUGUAAUGAUUGUCACAAAGUCUUCAGUAAUGCUACAACCAUUGCAUAUCAUUGGAGAAUCCAUAACGAAGAGAGAUCUUACAAGUGUAAUAAAUGUGGCAAAUUUUUUAGACGUUGUUCAUAUCUUGCAGUUUAUUGGCGAACUCAUACUGGGGAAAAAACUUACAAGUGUCAUGAGUGUGGCAAGACCUUCAGUCAGACAUCAUCCCUUGUAUGCCAUCGUAGAUUUCAUAUUGGAGAGAAACCUUACAAGUGUAAUGAGUGUGGUAAGACCUUCUGUCACAAUUCAGCCCUUGUAAUUCAUCAGGCAAUUCAUACUGGAGAGAAACCUUACAAGUGUAAUGAAUGUGGCAAGGUUUUUAAUCAACAGGCAACCCUUGCACGUCAUCAUAGACUUCAUACUGGAGAGAAACCUUACAAGUGUAAUGAAUGUGGCAAGGAUUUUAAUCAACAAGCAACCCUUGCACGUCAUCAUAGACUUCAUACUGGAGAGAAACCUUACAAAUGUGAAGAAUGUGACAAAGUUUUCGGUCGCAAAUCACACCUUGAAACACAUAAGAGAAUUCAUACUGGAGAGAAACCUUAGAAGUGUAAUGAGUGUGGCAAAGCCUUUAGUGGGCAGUCAACGCUUAUUCACCAUAAAUCAAUCCGUGGUAUAGGGAAACUUUACAAAUGUAAUGAUUGUCACAAAGUCUUCAGUAACACUACAACCAUUGCAAAUCACUGGAGAAUCCAUAAUGGAGAGAGAUCUUACAAGUGUAAUAAAUGUGGCAGAUUUUUCAGACAUCGUUCAAACCUUGCAGUUCAUCAGCGAACUUAUACUGGAGAGAAACCUUACAAAUGUGAUGAUUGUGGCAAGGUCUUCAGUCAAGCUUCAUCUUAUGCUAAACAUAGGAGAAUUCAUACAGGAGAGAAAUCUCACAAGUGUGAUGAUUGUGGCAAAGCCUUUACUUCACAUUCACACCUCAUUAGACAUCAGAGUAUCCAUACUGGACAGAAAUCUUACAAAUGUCAUAAGCAUGGCAAGGUCUUCAGUCAGAGAUCACUCCUUGCGGAACAUCAGAAAAUUCAUUUUUGAGAUACUUAUUCCAAAGGCAAUGAGUAUAGCAAACCAUCAAGCAUUAAUUGACGUUAGAGUCAAUUCAGCAUUGACUUGAGUUUGAGUUGACUUGACACUGAGUUCAAGCAUUAAUUUACAUUAAAGUGUUUAUGUUAAGAGGAUUGGGCUGGGCAGGGUGGCUCAUGCUUGUAAUCCCAGCACUUUGGGAGA